GCGGACUAUGCAGUAUACUCUGUGCACAGAACUCUGUGUUGUCAACUGGCAUUCGUCGAUAUAAAUGUCUAUAAAAUCUUGACUCUUCUUGUGUUCACUCGCGUGUGAUUCUGAAUGUAGUGUAGUGCGGGACGGCCGAUAGUUAUGGCUCUGAUUUGGACGUUAUUAUCUUUAGGUUUCUCGUUACUCUUGACACCAUUUUUACUUUUUGUUGCUGCUAUAGUAAUUUUGGCUUCAAUAGGCAAAUCUUUAGGCGUCAGGCGGUUGUACGUGAAUAUACUUUUGAAGAUAUUUGAGUAUGGCCGGCAGCACAUCGAGAUAGCGAAGAACAACCUGCGUCGCGACAGCUGCGACAACUCCGAGGAUGAAGCAGCGUGCAAGCCCGUGCCCGACUCCAACAGCAACGACGUGAAGCGGCUGGGCAACGGGCAGCUGAACGGGGUGCUGGCCAACAGCGUGAUCAGUCGGGAGGACAUGAUACUGGUGCCGGACCCCGUCCUCAACUACCCCAGCCACACCGGUGCGGAGGGUCGCAGGGACGCCGCCAGCCAGUCGCUUCCGAGAAGGUUAUCGUUUGAAACACUGAAGAGAGAGUUUGAAUUGGCAGAUUGUUUGGAGUAUGUAAAAACUGGAGUUGAAGCCAUUAUUGAAGACCAGGUGACCUUGAGGUUUGAAGCAGAAGAGUUAAAGUCGUGGAACCUUCUUACACGCACAAAUCUUGGUUACGAGUUCAUCUCAUGGAGGGUUACGGUCAUUUGGAUGAUCGGUUUCUUGGUGCGAUACUUCUUCCUGCUACCUUUGAGAGUGUUGAUAUGUUUUAUAGGGAUCGGCUGGCUGGCCAUCUCCACAGCCGUGGUCGGUCUGUUGCCCGACUGGCUGGGGCGCAUGAAGCGUUGGCUCAACUGCCGAGCGUACGUCUCCUCGUUCCGCGUUCUAGCUCGCAGCGUGACCGCGGAGAUCACCGUUCACAAUAAGGAGAACAAACCGAACAGGGGUGGGGUGUGUGUUGCCAACCACACCACUCCCAUUGACGUGAUGGUACUGUCCACUGAGAACUGUUUCGCCCUGGUGAUGUGGCUAACUGUGUGCACAGGAAUCGUGGGCUACGUCCCUGAUGGUGUGUUCAAGCGCUGGCUCAACCGCCUCGUGUCCAUCAUGUGUUUUGGGGUGUUGUCCAGUGCCCUAUCAGCUGUCAUAACCUACCACAAUCCCGAGAACCGCCCCAAGUGCGGAAUCUGUGUGGCAAACCAUACCUCACCCAUUGAUGUUCUUGUGUUAGCCUGUGAUAAUUGCUAUGCGCUGAUUGGUCAACGCCACGGUGGUUUCCUGGGCAUUCUCCAGCGAGCACUAGCGAGAGCCUCGCCCCACAUUUGGUUUGAGCGCUCCGAAGUGAAAGACAGAGAAGCAGUUGCAAAAAGGUUGCGAGAACACGUUUCUGAUCCCAAUAACCCUCCCAUCUUGAUCUUUCCUGAGGGAACAUGCAUUAACAACACAUCGGUGAUGCAGUUCAAGAAAGGUAGUUUUGAGGUGGGCAGCGUCAUCUACCCAGUGGCCAUCAAGUACGACCCGAGGUUUGGAGAUGCGUUUUGGAACAGCAGUCGAUUUUCGAUGCUGCAGUACUUGUACAUGAUGAUGACUAGCUGGGCCAUAGUGUGCGACGUGUGGUACCUCCCACCCAUGUACCAGAAGGAAGGAGAGACGGCUAUUGACUUUGCCAACCGCGUCAAGAGUGUCAUAGCACGGCAAGGCGGACUGGUCGACCUCAUGUGGGACGGGCAGUUGAAGAGGAUGAAGCCAAAGAAGGAGUGGAAGGAGAAGCAGCAAGAAGAGUUCAGCAAGAGGCUCAAAGUGGACUAAAGAGAAAAUCCAACAAUCUGUUAUGUGGAAGGAAACUGGCGAACUUCGAGAGAAGAUUGUGCGAUUCUGCUCACAUUUUGUUAUUUAUUUUGGUGCGCAAAUUAAUUUUUAUUUUUGUUAACAGAAUAUUUGAACCCAGUAAGUUAGAGUACUAUUUUGAGAUGUGAAUUUUUUUGUUUUGAGUAAUGUGAGUACAUGCAUGUACAGUGAAUGGGUAUUUUAAUGACUAUAUGCAGUGAGAAGGUUAAACAGAAGUUUAUCUUUAUCAAUCAAAAAAUCCUUAAGAAUUUGCCCGAAAGAUUAUUUAAAAUGAUAUUUUUGUGAUCAGAACCAGCUGAGGGGGUAAUUAUUUGAUGAAGUCAUCAUUAUGCACUUAAUUUAUUUUGUUAAUUUUUUACAAAUGUUUUUGUAUAUAAGUAUACCUACAAGUUUGAAUGCUAAGGACAGGGUUUGGCAUUGUGUUUGGGUUGAAAGUAAGUUUUCAUAUAUUUAUAUUUUUUGUGUAAUGAGGUAUUUGUUGCUAUAUAGUGACAAAAUAUUAAUUCAGUGCAUUAAUCUUCACUUUCAUGAGAGUAUUAGCAAUGAGUAAAUUUGGAAAAUUUUAGCUGCCUUUGCAAUAUAAUUUAAUAAAACUUUGAAGUAUGGUAAAUAAGUUAUAAAAUGUGUAUUUACUUUAUGUAUUACAGUUUUGUAAUUCUUUAAAAGUACAAAGUUGUUAACCUUUUUGGUGAAAUUUAUUGUGUGUCUUUUACAAGUUUGUACUUCUUUGGAAUUCAGACAAUCUCUCUUGUGAUCGAAGACAUCAAGAGUGGCUUAAAAGUAGAUACUCGGUGAUGGGUCUGUUGUAGGAUUAAGAAAAUAUUUUGGGAUUAGCUCUUGCAAAACUUUGUAUCCUGAAAGUUCCUAUUUAUGUAAUAGUAAAAGUUUUUUGUAAACUUUGUAUUUUAUGUUAUAUUUAUGCUAUUUUUUUAAAUAAUUUUUCUCUUAUUUCUGUUGUGUUUGAUUAGACCUGUGCCAAUAUUGAUUUUUUUUUGGUUGAAUUGUAUUAAAAUACAAAUUCAAAAAUGUUCUAAUCUAUGGAUAUUUUAACUAAAAAAAAAGGGCCGAAACAAUUGUGUUAAUUGAAAUAUAACUUGAUGUUUUACUGCUCAAAUACCAAAUUUCAUUUAUAUUCCAAGCUAAAAAAACUAAUUGAAGUCUUGGUAGUUGAUUCACAAAAGGUAUCACUAGUUUGAACAUGAACAUUAAAAUGCAAUAUACAUAGUGUUUUUUCACAAGUCUUAGUAUGCAAAUGCAUGCACUUGUGUGUGUAACUGCAUGCUGUUUAACAUCUAUAUAAUAUAGGAAAUAUCCACCAUUUUGUGUCAUUUAUGUAACAUUAAGUAUUUGAAAAAAAUUUAUUAAUUAUAAACUUUUAGAAUGAAAAAAAAAUUGUAUCAGAAGUAUUUCAUACAUUUCAUAGUUUAAUGUAUUGAAUUUUUUUUAUGAAAAAUAGUUUUUUUAAUAUGUAAUAUUCUUAGAUGGCUUUAUUUGCAUGUAAACAUUUGAUUGCCUGUUGUACUAAUACUUUACUACAUCCCUAAAAUUGUGUUGACAUGAGACAGGCACAAAUUUCCUUUUUAGAAAAUUAAAUAUUUAAAUCAGUCUUAACAAUAACUACAACAACAACAAAAGACUUUGCAUAGUGUUUACUGGUCCUAUUUGUAUACUGUCACUUGAUUAGGAUCUACAGUAUAUCUCCGUUACUCACUUGCCAUUCCUACAUUUUAACUGUUGAAAGACUAAGUUGUUAACACAGCAUCAUUGUGUUUUUCAUGUUAAUAGUUGAAAUAAUUAAAACAAUUAAACAAAAAGAAACCUUUGUGAUUGAUGAAUAAAAUACUUUUAACAUUAAGCAAAAACCUAUUUUACAGUGAAAUAAACAAACCAAAAUUGUAAUCCAGCAGAAGAAAGUUAUGUUAGACAUUGUUAGUAAACUAAAAAAAAAAGUGAUGAAAUGGAAGAUUCUCUUAAAGCAGUGAUGGGGGGCAGAUUUUGGUUUGUGUUGGCACUGGCUGACAAAUUAAGUAUGCUUCUUGCUGUGUGUGUGUGUGUUAUAUGUGAACCUGAUGUGUGUGGUAAGGCUUGCAUGCAGCCGGACAUGAGUCUCGUUACUACAGAACACUUGUACGUAUUCACACAGACUCGGGAGAGUAGCAUUGCACGCAGCUAUAUUAUUAAGUGGGUGCUUGGUAGUCCAUUUUCUUGCUAUAUGAAUGUGAUUAGUAGGCUGAAAUGUUUGGUUAGUCCAAACAUUGUUACAGAGAAUGGAAAUUAUGUUCUCAACUGGCUUGUGUCAAUAAGGUUUUAUUAUAGUUGCUAUUAUUUUAUUCCUGCUUCAGAGAAUUGAGGGGAAAAAAAAAAAAAUUAGCAAACUUUAUUUUAUUUCUUAAAUCUUUAGUACAAAAUACUUUUGUACUGAAGUGGUUCAAAAGUUCCACUGUAGUAUCUCCAAAAGCUGUCAAACUUUUAAUUUAACCAAUACCUUUGGAGAGAUGCUAUUAAUUUAAAGUACAUAACUUAUCAAACUUAUAGUGGUUCUUUGUAAUUUAGCUCCAUUACAUUUUUUUUUACAUAAUGCAUGCAUCAAAAUUGGUUUUACUACAGUGACAUCCCUAAUACCACUGAGCUACCAUAUCUUAGAUGAGAUUAUGAAUUAAUUCCUAUCACCUCCUCUUAAAAGUGCCUGCCUCAUGGUUACUAGCAGUAUAAAUGUUUCUUUCUUUGUAGCACAAACUCUGAGGACUAUCUUACUGGGUGCCUCCAUUGGCUAGCAGCAGUUUUUACAAAACAUGAUUCUUCAAAAUGUGCAGUUCUAAACUAUGUUUGUGGGUCCUGUAGAUAAGGACUGUUAUUGUAGUAUACUAUAUUAUGUAUAAAAGAAGUUUGGUAUCUUUUUAAUAUUAAUUCUUGGAAUUAGUUUUAUCAUCAUUUCUAAAACAUUUUGAAUAUUGUUAACAAUUUGUGUAUUUGCACAGGUCUAAUGUUCACACUAAUGAUUUCUGCAAUUGCAGUUAAUGUUGCUUAUAUACAUUUUAGUGUUAAAUGUGUUCAUUCAGUGAAGUAAUGGGACAAGUUCAGUAGAAGAUAUUGCACAAAUUAAUUGUUAAAUGGUGUAUCAUCAUUUAACAAAUUAAGAUUGUUAUUUUGUAAGUACUUCUGUCACUGUUAUGUCUGUAAAUGAUUUACAUAUAUCUUGAUUUCAUCACAAAUUUUCAACUUCAAAAGCUUAACACAUCACUUGUAAUUAACAUCAGAGAAAGUUAUUUAGAUGUAAUGAACUAGUCAUAGCAAUAACAUAGUGUAAUGGUGGUUUGCCUGAAAGUAAAUGAAUCCAUCAUUUUUUUAUUCUGUAUUUUUGUGUACUUGUGUAUCUAGCAUUGGUUUUACCUUGCCAAAGAGUGUGUAAGUGAAAAUUAAAAAGGAAAAUAUUUUUGUAAUGAGCAAUUGUUGAGAGUUAUGGUCUUAAACUCCUCAGUGGAAAACAAAAGUACUUGCAUUCAUUUUUGAAUGUGUAUGCUCCAUCUUUGACUGGUUUAUAAGCAUUCCAUAUAUUACAGUUUUCACUGUAGCAGGUGAGCCUCUAUUGUUCUUAUUUGAUAGUUUUUGCAGAAUUGUAUUGUUUGUUAAAAUAAUGCAAACUUUGUAACACAUGUGCAGUUUACCAAAAGCUGUUAUUUGACUAAACUAUCGGUAAUACUAAUUAAAUGUGCCACCUUAAUACUGUGUCCUUUAGCUGUACCUAUUUUGUGACUGCUGGAAGUGUAAAACGUAGAGCCACGUGGGAUCCCAAUUUUUUGUGUUCCAUAAAGGGAGGGGGGGGAUAGUAGGUAUUUGUUUUUCGUGAGAAGUUGAAGGGGAGGGGGGUUACUUUUUUCUGUAUCCCAAUUUUAUUGUAAGACUACACCUCUCCAUGUGCUAAUAUUAUUAACCAAUUCUAUUUUAAAACAAAACACUGCACUAUAACCAUGUGAUCAAAAAUUCACUAAUUUCAUCUGUACAAACACAAACUUAUUACGUUGGCAUUAAAAUAUUCACACAGGCACAAUUUAAAAAAUAAGCAGUUAUUCAGCAUUUUAAACACACAAAAUUUAUCAUUGAUUUAACUAUUAUAAUGAUGGACAAAACAUAAACAAGGAAGUUAAAACAAUGUAUAAAUUGAUAAUCACAAUCACUCUAGCACAAUCUAACAGAAUUUAUGCCACAGAGAAGUUGUAAUUUGAUACAAAAUAAAGGUAAAUGUAAACAAAAGUGCCAAAUUAAAGAGUAAAUUUGCUGUAAAUGUGUUAGUAAUAUUGCUGCACUAGGUACAUGGCAGCCAUUAAUAACCAAAACCGGUGCAUAACUUAGGUUUUAAGUGUAAAUAUAAUGUGGCUGUGUCCAUAUUUCCAGAUUUAGGUUGUUUUUUAAAACUUUGGCUGUGGAAAAUUGAACAUAUAUCACAUUAUUUUGUAGUAAUUUGCAGUUUGUGAAAAUUACUGCCCCUAUCUGUAUUUAGUCACUUGAUUAGGGCCUAAAUAAUAAAAGUGACACAAUAUAUCCAUUGAAAGACAAGAAAUGUUUUUAAUUUUCAAAGACUUUUUAAUCCUGUUUUCUUCUUCUUUUUUGUCAAAAAUUGUUUUGAACCAAAAUACCCUAUCCUGCCCAGCUAUAGCAAAAUACGGAAGAAAGAUAGGUAGUUUAUUUUACAUUGUAAAAUCCAUACAUUGACAUUGUAAUGAUAAACAUACACAUUUGAAUGCCAUGAAAGGGCCACUGGAUCAUAUGACAAAUAAUAUUGUUUUAUGCAUUGUGUUUAGUAAAGUAAAAACUGAGUUUUUUUAAUUUCUGAUUGGUUAGAAUAUUUGAAAAAAUACGUAAGUUUAAGUAAAAUAUUUCAAAGAAAUUAAAUGAUACAUACGGCAGUAUUUAUAAUCUUAACAGUUUAAAAAAAACACAAAAAUAUAUAUAUAAUAUGCACAAUGCCAGCAGCAUGCUGGACAGGAGGGUAGGUAGAUGUGGCAACGUGGCAAAGACAUCACGUCUGGCAAGGAUGGAAGAGCUCUCCCUUUACCCCCCCCCCCCCCCCAUCUAGCUUAUGUUUACUUGACUCACAUUUACAACAGAAAAAAGAGGAAAGAAUGUUCUUCUGUAGUGGGUGGUCUAAGAUUGGAAAAGCUAAUAUAGGAUGCUCAAUAUUCUGAAUUUAGAGUUUUAAUAAUGGUGAUUUUGUGUCACAGACAUAGCAAAGAGUAACAUCCGACAGGUAAAGAUAUGUGCAGCUGCAGCAGAUGUUGCUCUCAUAAUGUAAACACAUAGUGCUAGUGAAGCUUCAAUUUUUUUUUCAUUGUUGCAAUACAAAAUUUGCAGACAGGACAAACAAUAGAUAGGUUUGGUGAUUAUUUAAAAUACAAUAAAUACUCCUGAAGCCAAUAAAUGAGGUUUCAGCAUUAAUCACUAAUAAAUAAUGUAUGUUCAAAUGCAGUAAAUAAUAAGUAUAUGAAAUAUAUAGGGGAGACCGGAUCACGAUGAGUCGCAAAAAUUCUAACUAUCAAAUUUAUGUCUAAAUAUGAAAUUAUUGGUUCACUAUUGUGUACAUAAAUAAAGGUAUAUACAUAUUUCAACACACACUUAUGUUAGUUAGCCUACUUGGAUUAGUAUUUCAUACAAAAAUUUUAAUAUGGUUUUUUAGAAGUGACCCAUAGUGCCCCAAGUAUGGGGCACAAUGGGUCAUUCUUAUGAAACAGAGUUUUGGUCUAAAACAUGAAGUUGAAUUAUUUUUAAAAUAGGUUUAAUUAAAUAAACAUGCUUAAAAUAUUAAAUGAACACAAAAUAUCAAUUACAGUUACAGCAAAAGUAUGAAAACCCGCCAUAAAAAUUACACUUUAUCCAUAGCAAACAAUUUAUAAAUAGCCACUUGUUGUCUGUAAGUAAACUUUUUAGCGCAUGUUGAAUAAAUCAAAUGACACAGCAAAUUUUAAAAACGAUCUUUGGCGAUCAGUUUUGUUAUCACAUGUUUCAGGCCUUGGCAAGACAAACAAGAUAUCCGAGCGUCCCACUAUCGAAAUAUAAUCUUCUUGUGGAAAAAUAAACUUAUCAAGGGUUUUCUUUGAACUUCUCAUAAAUUUCACCUCGUAUUCUUUUCCUUCAUUUGAUUCAUUUGUAAUCGUCAACACCUGUCCAACAUAGUGCAUUUUACUUUUCUUAUCCUGAAACUCCACAAGAACAUAGUCACCUUCAUUUGGCUCUGUAUUGCGUGAAAGAAAUGAUUUAUGAGUUUGCUGAGCUUGGAUUUGGGAUUCCAUACAGUUAUCACAAUCACUGUCUGGUGGGCUAAUAACCUUGUCUUCACCUUCGGAUUCUGAAUAAUCUUUCUCAUUAACAAAAAGGUGACUUUUUACUACUGCUGAUUUUAUUUUCUUUGUUUUUUUAUCGUUUUCUUCUUUUUUUCUUUUCCCCAACAGAAUUUCUCUCUGUGGUGUAGCAGUCAAAAUCUUGCUGCUUCCCAACUGUCUGCGUUUCCUAGUGCCUGUUCGAUGUUCUGCUUUUGGGUAUCCUCAAAAUUCUGUAGGACUUUUGAAAUGCCGUGGAGCACUAUUACCUAUUUCUUCAUCAUUCACAAAACUUGGCACAAUGCAUGAUGUAUCAUUACUCGCCACAUAUUGCACAGCUUGUGGGCAAGCUUGUGAUGGACCCGGAAUGUCUGUUUCCUUUGAUGUCAAAUUUGAUGACUGGGACCGUUCCGAAACUGAGCUAGGGAGGAAGUCAUCAUCACUAAAAACAUGUGGAUCAUGAGGGAAAAUUCCAGUCUUUUUAAAAGCGCUGAUGAUGUUAUUUGGCGUCAUAGCACGUGGGAGGGAUGUGCCAACAAAUCCAUCUACAUCGUAAAUUGAUACUGUUUUUCCUGGGUGAGUCAACAUCCAAGAGUCAAUAGAAGAACUGUAAAACUUCUGAAAGGGACCAUACUAACCAACAUCCAGGGGCUGCAUCCGGUGCGAUGAAUGUGGAGGAAGUGUCAAAAUGUGAACACCAUUUGCUUUUGCUAAUUCGAAGACUUCUAAAUUAAUGUGGCUCUCAUGGUUAUCGUAUAUCAGCAGACUAGUAUUAUCUUUCGUGCUGUAGGAAUAUUUUAUGAAAUGUUUAAUUGAUCUUACAAAGAGUUCCCCAGGCAUCCAUCCUGAUGGGUUGGCUAGCCCCAGUGUGUUUGGUGGUGCCCCAAUCAGCAUAUGAUCACGAAAAUGCACUCGAGGAAAUAUUAAAAUGGGCGGCAGAUAAUUGCCAUCUGCACGGACAAUACAUGUUGUAACCAAAAUGCCUUUUUCCAAACUUUUGACUUUACACACAGCUUUGCAAACUUUCUCAGCAAUUACUCUUCCACUAUUUUGAACAGUCAUUGUUUUGGUUUCAUCUAAAUUGAAAAUUCGUGAAGGGUUUCCAAGCUGUGGUUCUUUCAACAAUAAUGCCUGGUAAUUGUUAAAAAAAAUGCCUCUACAUUAUGACUAUUGAAAGCAGUAGCGCGAGCAAGACUACAGCUCUCUGGAGACCGAAGUGACAGAUCUUUGUGUCUUUUAUUAAAUCCUGCUAACCAAUCUUCACCUGCCAUUUGUUUUGCAUGCCAUGACUCAGGACAUUUUACACCAUUAACAAUGGCAGUUUCAUACGCCAGUUUGCGACAGUCUUUUGUUGUCAGUCCAUAGAACAUUUUGCAGCACUUUUUUAAAUAUUCAACAAUUAAAAGUUCUUCGUCAUCACUAAAAACUUUUCGAUGGCUGUAGUUUGGUUUAAGUUCAAAUUCUACUGGAGUUCGUGAGUUCAUUAACUUACUCUUGCGUCUUAGAGUCUCUCUUUUGACACCACACUCGUCAGCUGCACUUCAAAUGCUCCUUUCUUCUGCGACUAAAUUAAGUGCUUUUUGAAGAUCAGCUUCGCUGAAUAAGCCCUUUGUAUUCUUAUGUUUGUAUGUUCGAACCAUGAUAUAAAACAAAAAAAUUAAUUAGGCCUAACUGUUUUGUAUUUGAUCCUUUCUAGUAUAGCUAACCUAAACAUUUAGUGGCGACCCAUGGUGCCCCAAAGUAUUUGUAACAAAUAAAAUUGUUGAAACAUAACCUAAAAUAAAUGAAAUGAAAUUACCAGCAAUUUAUGUAGAUGCGAUAAGAUACAUAUACAUUUGUGCUGCUCAGUCAGUAUUUGUAUCUUAUAAUGCAAACAGAUUAAUAAAACAAUAAUAACUGGUUAGCAAAAUAGUUUAUCAUCAUGUAGAUAAUAAACACAAAAAACACACUGAGAAAACAGACUGAUCACAAAUAUAUAGAUACAAUAUGUGGGCCACUAAAUGGAAAAUAUUUUAUGCAAGUUUCGCCAACCUAAACAUUCUGGAUUGCUCUAAACAAUUGCUGACCCAUGGUACCUCAUGACUCAUGGUGCCCCGGUCUCCCCUAAAGAAAACUGCUCUAGGGUUUGUUUCAUUAGCAUGUAAAGUAGCAGCUAUGGCUUAAUGUCUGAUCCAGCUAUCACAAUGGGAAAUUAAAGAAAAGCAUGUCAGUGUUUGAUCUUUUUCACAAACAUUUUGACCAUUGAAUUAUAUAUUUCUUGCAGUAGUCAGUCGCCACUCCACGUAUCUAAUCUUCAAUUCGAAAGAUUCAGCAUGUGCAACAUAUGGUAGAAAACUAAGGAAAAUAUUGGUUCACAUAGUUAAAAGUAAUAGCAAUUGGGGAAUUUGAUAAAGUUAAAAAUAAAUAAAAUUUAAUAUUUACUAUCAAAUAUGAAUAAAAUACCUACAAAGGCUUGUAGAGUUUUAUUUAGUUUUGCCAAGGUUUGAUUGAAAAAACUGUUUUUAGUUUGCCCUGUGGAUAAAAGCAAGUUUAUAUGGUGCAUAGUUAUAAAUUAUAAUUUAUAGUGUGUUCACCCCUGGUUCCUCUCAUACCUGGACAGUUGCCCGGAAGUGGCUUGCUACCCUCUCUCACAUUCACCAGAGAGAUUGUUAUUUUAUUUAAAUACGUGAUAGCCAAUUGGUAAAACAGAAAACAAUACUUUUUAAUAGUAUGUAGAGGUUCUUUUUUAAGUUAUUUUUUAUUUUAUGCCAAUUCGUAUUUGUAAAAAAAGUUUGUCUUGUAAAAAACACAUGAUGAUCACUAACAGUUGCAUAAAGUUUGUUACUCAUUUUUGAGAGAACAGUGGCAGGAUACGUAAACCCCUGGUACUACUUUUGAGAAGUUUCACGAUAUGUACUAUAGUUGACUUUACUUUGUAUUGUAUACUUUAUUAUGAGCUUCUCGUGUCAAAAAUGUAAGAGACUUUGAACCACGAAUGUGUCCUUUUAAUAGCACUUCUUUUUGAUCAAUUUAUUAUCUUCAAUUACUGGAACAUUUGAACAAGAGACUAUUGUUUCACAGACAUUUUCUUGCUCUCAUUUUUUUUUUUAUUAAAUUUGGGUCAGACUGCAGCACACAGUGACAUGGUGACAUGGCAAAAACUGGCUAGGAUCACUGGGAGCGACUUGAAACCACAAAUGAAAUCAUAAUGGCCGGCCUUGGUGCAGUGCUAGUUACAACUACAUCUUGCUAUAUGGUCAGUACUGGAGCCCAGAACAUAAUUAUAUCACUUUCCAAAUGGUUUUACUGUAAAGACACUCUUACCAGCAUUGUUGGUUUUUUUUAUUGUUAAAAAAAAAAUAUGGUGUGAAAUUAACAAAGUUCUAAGUUUUAGUAGUAAAAAAAACAAAAUAUAAUCAGCUUCUGUUGCACGUUCAUUACACAUUUAACUUUAAAAUAUCAAAUUUUAAUGAAUAAAAAUUCUGAUGUUUUCAUCAGUUAAGAGAUGACUUGUUCUUAAUGGUGACAAAAGUUUGGCAGACACAAAAUUCAAGAUCCUUACAGAAGUGGAAAAAGUGUGGUGAAGUAUGAACAAAGUUCAUUUCAAGUAUGUAUAAGGUAUAAAGAUUUUUUUUUAAACUUUUAAUAUUGUAUAACUUCUAGGCAUAUUGAAGAUAAAUAUUUUUAAAUUUUGCAAACACCGGUUUUUACACUGAAAAAAAAAGUUAUUUAUUUCUAACAAUGUGUGUUGAUAUUAUAUCAUGAGAAAGUUGUUACAAAUAAUAAACAUGCAUGUGCUGAAAUUUACUGCAUUAAAAAAAAGUGUGUGAUUGAAUUUGGGGUAAUGUCUCGCCAUUUUCAAGAAAUAGAGAUGGUUACUCCAAGAACACCCACUGCUCAUGGCAACAUCCACCAUGUAAAACCAUAUUGUCCAGUUGGGAGGUGGUGGUCUGAUCGCUCGACCACCGAGGCCCCUUGAAAAAUGUCAGUUUGGGAGUUCGCUAAAAAUUCAGUCUUCACCAGCUAUUAUUUCCACCAAGGUUUGAUUCACUCCUGUAUCAAAAUUCAAGAACCAGAUGUAAAAUUCUGUAAUGACAUAUGCAUAUGCUGUCAUUUGACCUUCAAUGUUUGGUUUGGUUUGGUUUGUUAAAUACAAGAGGAAAACUUGUACCCUGCACAUUUAAAGAGUUGUGCUGCUUGUCAGAAAAACAGGUCACUUAGCUCAGCUUGCUUCAUUAAAAUUUCCUGUGAAAAUAAAGGGAAAAAAAAUUAACAGCAAAUAAUUUAUAUCUUCAGUCUGGUCUUUCGUAAAAAAAAAAUCUUUUCAUUUUAAAAAUAAUACAUGAAUGUAAUUGGUAUCUUUAUUAUUUAUGUAAGAACUAAUGUGUGUGUGUACAUGUUAUUCCUGAAAAUAUUAUUCAACAUUUUAAGCACCACAGGAAAGUGACAAAACAAUAACCCGAUACAAAAUUCGAAGAAAGAGUUGUAAAAUUCAGUUUGUCCAAAUGUGAAGAAAGUGUUUGUCUGCAUCCUUACAGUUGUAAACUAGUAGGAAUUGCCUUGAAACUAAUUUAAUGAUUUGAAAUUAAAAAGAACCAACACAAUAAGUGCAAAAAUAAAGUCAAAAUGAAAGGCAUGCAGUGCUUUCCCAUUGUUUAGUUUUAAUUUUAAAUUUAGCCCAUAGAUAAUAACAUAUUGUAUUUUUGCAGUACUAGAUGCAUAAUUAAAUGUAUUCUUUGUUUUAAACCUGCUUGUUUCAUUACAGUCUCUGUAAAUAACUUAAUAAUCACAGAUAAAUCACUUGACAGAAGGUUUGAGAUUUCAAAUAUCAGUAUCUGUGAAGUACUUGUAUUGUAAAAAUAUUGUUUUGAAUGUACAUACAAUGUUUUUUGUAAAAAAAAAGUGAAUGCUUGCUUGUCAGGUUUACCAAAAGACUGAUGUAAGCAUGGCAAUGAUCUUCGUGCAUGCAUGCAAAUGGUGAAUUUUGAUUUUAAAAAUAUAGCAAUAUUAAUCUAACA